CUAAAUUUCUUUGAAGUAUAUUUUCCUAAGCUGAAAGUAUUGGAGAAUUGUUAUAUCAUAAUAUCAAAAAAUAUUCAUUAAAGAGGCCCGAGGUUGAAAGAACAAUUCAAACAAAAAAAGGAAAAAUUAGUUACACAACUUGCAUUAAUAGAUAUGAGUGACAAGCAGAAAGUUCUCAUCUGCGGGGACGUGGAGGGGCAUUUUAAUUUUCUGUUCUCCAAAGUGGAUGCUAUCAAUAAGAAGAGUGGUCCAUUUGACUUCUUACUAUGUGUUGGCAAUUUCUUUGGCAAAGAUAAUGCCGAAUUGAGACCUUAUACAUCCCAUGAAAAAACUAUCCCAGUUCCUACGUACAUCAUAGGAGCUAACAGAGAAUCGGACUUGAAGCAUUAUAGCGAUGGGGAUGGAUAUGAGAUAUGCCAAAAUUUGACCUUUCUUGGCAAACGUGGUCUCUAUACCGCUAGUUCAGGUCUCAAAAUAGCGUACCUCAGUGGAAUUGAGAAAGUCGCAGAUGAGGACAAAUCCGUAAGCUUCAACGAACAAGACAUUGUAAGCAUCAAGAACAGUUGUUUAAAAGGUCAACCGAGUUUUCGUGGAGUAGACAUUUUGCUGACAUCACCAUGGCCUGAUGGUAUCAUCAAUCUUGACCCGAACAACCCAAAACACAAAUAUCAAGGUUCAAAAUUAAUUGCCUGGCUCGCUACUCAUGUUAAACCUAGAUAUCAUGUAUCAGCUUUGGAAGGGAUGUAUUAUGAGCGGCCACCUUACAGAAAUCAAAGUCAAGGUGAAGGAAAUAUCGAAAUAGCUACUAGAUUCAUAGCUCUGGCGCCGGUGAUGAACGUUCAUAAGAAGAAAUGGUUGUACGCGUUGAAUCUAACUCCCGUCGAUCGAACCAGGCUGUCGGAUUUAGUUAUGAAAACGACAGACGAGACUCCGAGCCCCUUUCCCAGAUCUAUGCUCUCCGAGGACCCGACAUCACAAAAGCAGAGUCACAUGCAAUUCUUCUACGAUGUAGAUUCGAAGGAGAGCGGAAAGAGAUCGUGGCACCAGAAUGACGGUCCCAAUAAGAGGCCAAAGAUGGAAUUCGAUCAGUCGAAAUGCUGGUUCUGCUUGUCCAGCCCGGUGGUGUCGAAGCAUCUCGUCAUUUCGGUCGGCACUGAGAUUUACUUGGCGUUAGCUAAGGGCGGUCUGGUGGAAGACCAUUUCUUGAUUCUGCCGAUCACGCAUCAUCAAAGUCUGUCGAUUCUACCGAAGAAUGUGAAGGAGGAGAUGGAUCUGUACAAAAAGGCAGUAACCAAGUACUAUGAAAGCACGGAUAGAGUACCUGUAUUCUUCGAGAGGAACUUCAAAACGUCCCACUGUCAAUUGCAAACAGUGCCGGUUCAUAAAAAUCAAGCACCUGCGUUGAAGGAAAUGUUUGAGGAGUUGGCCGAAUGUAAUAAUUUUAAAAUAUCGGAAUUACCUCCGCACACGAAUUUGCAACAAAUCGCAAAACCUGGCGUCUUGUACUUUUACGCAGAAUUACCAAGCGGAGAAAUAUUGUAUUAUAGGAUUAAGAAAGAUUUUCCGCUGCAGUUCGGCAGAGAAGUAUUAGCAUCCGACAGGAUAUUGGACAUCAAUGAUAGGUCCGAUUGGAAGGAUUGCCAUAUGAGUCAAAAUGAAGAGGUUGAACUAGCAAAGAAAAUUAGAAGACAAUUUGCCUCCUUUGACAUAGACAUUUGAGAACUUUUACUGCUAUCU